CCGGAGGUGGGAGAGCGACGGGACUGGACUGGACAGAGCUGGACUGGACUAGGCAUGGCCGGCAGCAGCCAGGAGCGCAGCCUGCGGGAGGAGCUGACCUGUGCCAUCUGCUGCGAGCUGUUCAGCGAGCCCGUCAUGCUGGACUGCAUGCACCACUACUGCCGGGGCUGCAUCGUGCGCUACUGGGACAGCUGCGCCCGCGGCCCCUCGUGCCCGCAGUGCCGCCGCAGCUGCCCCGGCCGCGCCUUCCGCACGCACUACCUGCUGGCCGGCCUGGUGGACAAGGUGCGGCGCUGCGGCUCCCGGGAGCACCGGCACAGGAUGCAGAAGCACCUGGAAGAUGCUUUGCAAGCCCGUCAGAAGGAGCUGGAGAAGUUGCUGCAGAGGAAGCAUGUGGUGCAGGAGGACAUCUGCAGCCUGACGAAAGUGUCUGGGGAGCUGAACUUCAAGAUUCGGGCUGAGUUUGCUCGCCUUCAUCAAAUCCUGGAGGAAGAGGAGAGAGCUGUGCUGGCAGGGCUGGGUGAGCAGGAGGAGCAGUCCCUGGCCCAGCUACACAGGCAGGUUGGCCAGCUGGAGGAGGGGAUGGCAGUGCUGCAGAGGGACAUCGAGCACGUCAGGCAGACCCUGAGCAAGAUGGAAGAUGUGUCACUGCUGGAGGUGGAGAGCCUGGAUAUCAGGCCCUCGGUGAGCGUUGAGACCCAGCCUGCCCUGGACCUGCAGCACUACAGGGACAGCCACAGUGGGCCCUUGCAGUACAUCUUCUGGAGGCAGAUGCUGCGCUCCAUCUGCCCUGCUCCUGCCCCGCUCACCUUUGACCCUGAGUCAGCCCACCCCAACCUGGUCCUGUCCAGGGAUCUGACAGCAGUGACAGAGAGGGACCGAGCCCAGCCUGUCCCCGCCAGCCCUCGGCGCUUCCGCCAGUGCGUCAACGUGCUGGGCUCGCAGGCCUUCGACCACGGCCAGCACUACUGGGAGGUCUGGGUGGGCAGCAAAACCAAGUGGGACCUGGGGGUGGCUGCUGAGGCCGUGGACAGGGCAGCCAAGGUCAGGCUGUGCCCAGAGAACGGCUACUGGACGCUGCGCCUGCGGAACAGGACCGAGUACUGGGCCAGCGCCAGCCCCUGGGUGCGCCUGGCUCCCCGGCGGCCCCCGCGCAAAGUGGGCGUCUUCCUGGACUGCCACGAGGGCACCGUGGCCUUCUUUGAUGCUGGGGACAUGUCCCACCUCUUCACCUUCCACCAGGUCUCUGCAGAGAGAUACUGCCCCUUCUUCAGCACCUGCUUCAGUGACGGGAGGGACAACGGGGAGCCCAUGCGCCUCUGUCACCUGGCGCUGUGAGGGACAAGGGUGGGCUGGGGACACCAGCCUGGCUCCUGCCCGGGGCUGUGCUGGGGGCCAGCUCUGCACACACAAGCCUGAGGGUGUUGGAGGAGCUGGUUUGUUUUGUUUUGGGAGGAAGGAGGGGAUGAGUCUUUUCCCAAGUCCUGUCUAACCUCCCUUCCCUGUGCCGUGGCUGUGGUUGCCACAAGGCAUUCACAGGGGUUCCUGGCACCCCUAGCAGAACAACCUCCCGUUCCUGAGCCCAGCAGAGAUCAGUAACAGCAGCCACGGGGCUGCAGGGCAGGGGGCUGUGAGUUGCUGGCCCCUCCUGUCUCUCUGUGCUCCCACCCGUAAGCCCCGCGGAGGAGGGCAGCGGUCCCGGGCCCCAUCGGGUCCCUCUCAACCCCGCAUCCCGACCAUCCAUCCACGCUCUGCUGGAAGGGCUUCCCGGGGCAGGGCUGCGGGCCGGCAGCAGAGGGAGCUCGGUGCACA